GCGUGCUGUUGGGUGUGAUAGGCUACUCGAAGAAAGAAGCUUCGCCUUGUGUUCAGAUGAGCCCGUGGUGCUGCUGGAGAGUUCACUCAUCGUCUGCUAGCUCCAGCCAAAACGGACCACGAACCCCUUUUCAUUUUUUUUUACAUUUUAUUUAUUUCAUCCCACCAUCGGAUACACCUUUCAGAAAACAAGAUGUAACGCACCAGCGAGCAUUUACAUCAACAACACACGAGUAAGCCGUCACGUUUUAAAGAGCCGGGAUGAACAUCAGAUGGCUUUUUUAAUGAUGGAAGUUAUUUUGGCGAAUGGAUUUUAACUAUGGUAUACCGAUGUGAUUUUUUACUUGCCUUUUACCCUCGGUGAUGGAUCCCUGGUUUGGGGAAUAUCGGUAAUUCCUAGAUUCUAAUAGGAAUCGGCAGCGAUCGAAGAGGGAAUUCUGCACAGCAAAGCAAACUGCAGGGGAUUUAAAUCGCUUUGCUCCAGGAAAAGAAGAGUGGCAGGAAGAAAAUUCAUGUGGCGAUUCUCUCCGUAACAACAAAUCAUUUUGGAUUGCAGAAUGAGCAAGGAAAGACCUAAGAGGAAUAUCAUACAAAAGAAAUACGAUGAUAAUGAUGGGAUGCCCUGGUCGGAGGAACGGGUGGUACGGAAGGUGCUCUAUCUCUCGCUGAAGGAGUUUAAGAGCGCACAGAAGCGCCAGCUCUGUGACGGCCUCAGCAAUGGAGGAAAAAGCGCUUCCUUGUCAAACAGGCAGCUGAUUGGAUCUAAAGUAGGACACAAAUUGGACGGGUCUUGCUCUCAGAGCACAGAUGGAGGCAGCGAGUACUCCGAGGACUGCCCAGCCAAAAAGAGGCCCAGACUGCAUGCGCAGAGAAAAUUUGCCCAGUCCCAACCCAACUCUCCCAGCACCACACCAGUGAAGAUGGCAGACCCCUCUCUUCCCACGCCGCUCUCACAUAUCCAAUUUCUCUCCAGACGCAAGCCCAAGACGGAAGACUUUCUCACCUUCAUAUGCCUUCGAGGCUCGCCGGCAUUACCCAGUAACAUGGCUUACUUUGGGAGUGCUCAGGAUGAGGAGGAUCUGGAUGAUGAAGAUGAGACUGUGGAAGAGAAAACACCAAGUGUGGCAUCCACUUCAUGCCAGUGUACACCCAAGAAGGGCAAACCGACUGGCAAGAUCAACGGAUUCGUGUUGAAUGGCCAUAAGGUACACAAGGAGAAAGAGCUCACACCCAGGACCAGAGGCAGAGAGUCAUCUGUGGUCAGAGAUUGUAGCGAGAGGUGUGACUUGUCAGGUGAAAUCUCCCAUAAGCACACGGCGGCCACAGCCAAGAGUCACAACACCAACGGCCACAACUACAGAAGAGCUGCAGAGGAACUUCGCAAGCAGGUCUCAAAAGUAAAUGGAAUCACACGGGCAUCAUCAAAGUCAAAAGACUUCCGUCUGCCAUCCAAAACUGUGAAGUACACAGCCACCGUGACCAAGGGCCAUGUCACCUACACCAAAGCAAAACGAGAACUGGUGAAGAAAGCCAAACUCAACCACAGCAAGCGCGCUGCCUCACCUGGCGUGCGUGCGUACACCACCACCAACAACCACCAUCAUCACGCUCAUCAUCCAACCAGCAACGGUCACGGCCGGCCCCAGCUAUCUCACUCAGGAAAAGCCCAAAGUAUCAAUAAAAAACCCCGCAAACAGGUGCUAUUAUCCAAUGGGGUGCAUAAGAUGACCAACGGAGGCCCCUCUACCCGGCUUAACGGCAGGCUCAAUGGACGCCACAGUGUCCGGGAAGAGGAGUACGUUGGCCGACAGGUGCGACAGGGACUACGGUAUUCAAAACGCAGGAGCAAUGCAGCUCUUCUGGCCCUGGGAGCUGGAACAGAAGGUGAAGAGACUAAAGACAAGCCACCUCUUACUGAUUCUAAGAAAGCGAAAUUACAGACUAGCCCUCUUGAAACACGUAGCAAGAAGGCCCUGGGUCAGUUCAAGGCCCCCAAUAGCAUCACUAUUGCACAUAGUAUAACUGAAACAGCCGCCUCCCCAACUCAGAAAACGGGUCCUGCCCCUCCUUCUUCUCCCCCUGCUGCUCUGGGCUCCCCAGUCAUGCCCCAAAACCCUGCUACCCCUGAGCCGGCACGACAGCGACCCAAACGUGCUUCUGCUGGCAAGCUGAUGUUCAUCAGGCAAGUACAGCAGAGGGCCCAAUCCAACUCCGCCCUCAACUGGACCACAUCCACUACCUCAGCCAGAAAGUCCUUCAAACCAGCAGAGCCCAUGCCUCCACCACGGCUAGACAAAGAGAGGGAGCGGGAAUGGGAGAGGAGCAGAGUGGGGUGGGCUACCCAUGGGGAUGUGCCUGUUUUUAAGCCCAGCUCCAGGGAGUUCCAGGACCCUUUGGUGUACCUUGACUCGGUUUGGGAACGUGCAGAGGCAUGUGGACUGUGCAGAGUGCUGCCUCCUCCUGACUGGAGGCCAGAGUGCAAACUGAACGACGAAAUGCGUUUUGUGACGCAGGUUCAGCGCAUUCACAAACUGGGUCGGCGCUGGGGCCCCAAUGUUCAGAAACUGGCCUGUAUUAAGAAGCACCUCAAAUCUCAGGGCAUCUCAAUGGACGAGCCACCCCUGAUAGGUGGCUGUGAAUUAGACCUGGCACGUUUUUCCGAGCUGGUCUGCGACAUGGGCGGAAUGCAGCAGGUGAUGGACCUGAAAAAAUGGAGCCGUCUGGCUGACCUGCUUUGCAUUCCCAAAUCAGCACAGGACCGUCUGGCCAAACUCCAGGAGGCCUACCUGCAGUAUCUGCUCUCGUACGACCUGCUCUCUCCUGAGGAGCACCAACGACUGGAGCAGGAGGUAUUGGCAGAAAAGGAGGCUCUGGAACGCAAACGAGGACCCCUGGAGGGCCACUCGGAUAGUGGCCAGCGGGCCCUGGCUGUGCCCCGCUUCGAGCCCAAGAAUGGGCUCACCGGCCUCAACCACAGCAACGGCUUCUGUAACCACGGCAAAGAGCCAGACACCCACCGGCAGGCCGGCCGCCGCAGACUGUUUGCUCAGGAAAAGAAAGGUGUAAAAGUGGACGCUGAAGAGGCAGAGGAAGAUGAAAGUGUUCUCAAUGAUCAGCACAAAUGUAUAUACAAGGGGAGAUCUGUAUCUUUGACCACCUUUUACAGAAUAGCGAGAAAUACUAUGAUGAUGUGCUUCAACAAGGAGCCUGGGGCUGCUGAAGUUGAGCAAGAUUACUGGCGGAUAGUGGAGCAGAGGGACUGCCAUGUAGCAGUGCAUUAUGGAAAAGUAGACACAAAUACACAUGGAAGUGGCUUCCCUGUGGGCAAGUCUGAACCCUUCUCAAAGCAUGGAUGGAACCUCACUGUCCUUCCCAAUAACUCUGGAUCCAUUCUGCGCCAUCUUGGUGCUGUGCCCGGGGUGACUAUUCCCUGGCUGAACAUUGGUAUGGUCUUUUCUACCUCAUGCUGGUCACAAGACCAAAACCGCCUUCCAUACGUUGAUUACUUACACACUGGUGCUGAUUGCAUUUGGUAUUCUGUUCCUGCUGAAGAAAAGACUAAGCUUGAUGAAGUGGUGCACACAUUGCUACAGGCCAAUGGCACGCCAGGACUAGAAAUGCUGGAGAAGAACAUUAUGAUUUCUCCAGAGGUGCUUUGCCGUGAGGGGAUAAAGGUCCACCGUACCGUCCAGCAGAGUGGGCAGUUUGUGGUGGUCUUCCCCGGCGCGUUCGUGUCCAGGGUGUGCUGUGGCUACAGUGUGUCUGAGACUGUGCACUUUGCCACUCCACAGUGGAUGAACUUGGGCUAUGAGGCUGCUAAGGACCUGAAAUGCAGGCACAUAGCCAAACCCUUCUCCAUGGAGAAGCUACUCUAUCAGAUCGCCACAGCCGAGGCCAAACGAGAAAACAGACUUGUGCUCAGUACAAUCUCUUCUCUUCUCAAAGAUCUCAGGAACAUAGAGAUGAAGCAAAGGCAGGAGCUGUAUGAAGCAGGGCUGCUUUCCUCCGCACGCUAUGGUGCUCACGACAACAACCAAUCACCUACCGACACCAGAAAGAGACAGCGCAAGUGGCUGGCACUGGAAUCAUCAGAGAGACGAUGUCAGAUGUGCCAACACCUCUGCUACUUGUCUAUGGUGGUGCAGGAGAAUGAAAAUGUGGUUUUCUGUCUGGAGUGUGCGCUAAACUAUGUGGAGAAACACAAAAGCUGUCGUGGACUCAAGAUGAUGUAUCGUUAUGAUGAGGAGCAGAUCAACAGUUUGGUGAAUCAGGUGUGCGGGAAAAUCCUUGUGAAAAGUGUGAUAGAUGGUUGUAACGGCUCCAGCCCCACCAAACCGCCUGCCAAGCGCGGCCCCCGCAAGAGAGCCACAGUAGAGGUGUCCCUGACCCACCUCUCCACCCACCUGUCCAAAAGUGCUGCCGCUGCUGUCUCAUGAGAAACAGGAGGGCGAUUCAUCACCUAUGUCAACCAAUCAAUUUCCUCUUCAUAUCACUUGUCUUUUACCGACCCCUCCACUGACAUAGCAGGGCAGAGUUUACCUGUGUUGAAAGCAGGCUGCCUUUUUUGCACUAGUGCACUAGUUUGUUUUGAUCGUUUUAUUCACCAGAUGUUUGAUAGCAUUAAGAGACAUGGUCCCAGGUGUGCUGACAGGUGUGAGUAUGAUGAUGUCAUCCUUUUUGCCUUGAACCCUCUUCCUCCUCGUCUUCGGCCCCUUUGACUGCACAUACACAUACACUCAUCCUGAACUGUAAACCUUGGAACAAAUGGGUGCUUCUCUCCUCGUUUUUCCUGGCCCCCUUUCGUUUGAAUGUUGGUGCUCAAUGGAGCUGCCGAGAACUUUGUUUCCUUUCUGACAUCACCUUUGUUUUUAUUUGGAUUCAUUUAGUACCCAUGCAGCUCCGCUGCAGAAAACGCAGCUUUUUAAAGAAGGUAAACACUUGAAAUUUAGCUUGUUUUAGGGUUUUAAUGGGAUAGUUCACCCAAAAAUGAAGAUGUACUCGCCCCCUUUUUGAUCCUUAACACGAAUGACUUCGUUUCUUCAUGCAAUACAAAAGACAUUAGGACGAAUGUUAGCCUCAGUCUCUUAUAGUGGCUAACAUUCCCCUAACAUCAUCUUUUGUGUUCCGCAUUCGGGUUUGGAAUGACGUGAGGAUGAGCAAAUGAUGACGGAAUGUUCAUUUUUGGGGGAACGGUUUCUUUAAUAUCUGCUUUUUAAAAAGAGGAAGUACUGUGUGUUUUUAUGUAGUUUGGUUUUUUGUUUCAUGCUUUCCUCUGUGGAUUUUAGGUAACACUGGUUUCCAUGGCAGCGGGUCAGGCUGUAAUUGAGAAAGUGGGUGUUACCGAAUGAAUGAGUGGGUAUCGUCUCGCUAGUGCGAGGGGAACCUCCCACGCAAACGCUUAUGAGCGAUAACUGUGCCUGAUGUUUAGCGGGGAGAUCUUAUUUUUUGGUGCUGUUUGUUUUUUACUGUUUAUCAAUACAAAAAGGUAAUAAAUAAUGAGAAGCGCUAUCCGCUAGCCUUCUUAUCCCACAGGACGGAAACGCCUGGAGGCUUUCCGCUUCUAGAUGUGCAAUCGUGUCAACAUUCCAUUCUUCCAGACUUUUUGAUUAAUCUGUACAAGUUAACAUUAAUUAUUAUAUUAUAUUAUUGUUAUUAUUAUAUUUUGUGUUUUUUUGCUUUUUACCUAUUUUGUUCUGAUGUGCUAUCUCAAGUUAGAGCCACUAUUCAAAAGGGUUUAAAAUGUGAAAUAUGAGUCCAAGUUUGAAAUAUGCCUCUUUUUUUCCUCCUUUUUUCCCCUUUUGCAGAAGUAUCAGUUGAUUUAAAGAAACUUAAGAAAACACCUUUUUGUACAUAAACCUGUAAAUGACUUUAAUACUUGAGCCUUUGUUGGAGUGACAGAAGGAAAGGAAAGAUAGAUAGAUAGAUGGAUGGAGGGAUAGCAGGUGAAGAAAAGCCUUACAUUUCAGUUUCUUCAUCUGCGGGUGGGAGUGUGAGGCGUUCAGGGUUGCUCUGGUAACGUGUAUAAAUUUUAAGUGCUGCUUACAUCACUGAGGACUAAGAUAUGGAGUCGCGAUUCCCCCUAGUUUUGUUUUUUAGGUUUACUUUUUUAAAGAAAAGGGAAAAAAUAUAUAAAAAUAUUACUUUCACAAAAAAAAAAGAGAAAAAAAGAAAAGGUUUUUACAUUUUCAUUACUGAAAAUUCAACAUUGUAGUAGCUACUCAUGUUGCACUGAGCUUGCCAGUGGUGACUGUCAAGGAAAAAAAUUACUAUAAUCCAGUUUGUUGGUUGUCGUCCUUAACAGAAAGACUGAACUGUUUUUGGAAUAUUUAAUGAAAACCAAGUCAGGUGUUUUCAAAAAAAAAAAAAUAAGAAAAGGUGGUUGUCAAGUUUUUAUUGCCUUACAAUGUAUUUUAUUCUGAAUUUUUUGGUGUUUUUGUUAAUUUUUUCUACAAUAUGAGAGAUUUACUCACGGUCAGGCAAAGUUAAUUUAUUAGCACUGCGUCUCAGUCUUUCCUCCUAUGAGGAAAGAUUUAAUGUUGGUUAUAUUGCCAGUUUUGUUUUGAUUUCAUUUUUGGUUCAAUUUGUACUUAAGGUUUAAUAAAAACUCA